UCAACCCCCCAGCAAUGAUUCUCCGAGAAGGGCUGUGUCCGGGGAUGACCGCUGAGAUGGCCCAGCUUCUAAAGACAAAUGGGAUCAAGACAGUGGUGGAUCUCGUCUCGGCCGAUUUGGAAGAAGUUGCCCAGAAGUGUUCUUUGUCUUACAAGGCCUUGGUCGCCGUCAGGCGCGUGUUGCUGGCACAGUUUUCCUCCUUCCCGGUCAACGGGGCGGAUCUCUAUGAGGAGCUCAAGAGCACCACGGCCAUCUUGUCGACAGGGAUCCAAAGCUUGGACAAACUUCUAGACUCUGGCCUGUACACCGGGGAAAUGACGGAGCUCGUGGGAGGCCCUGGCACUGGCAAGACCCAGGUGUGCCUCAACGUAGCAGCCGACGUGUCUCACAGCCUUAAACAGGACGUCCUGUAUAUUGACUCCACCGGGGGGUUCACGGCCUCCCGGUUGCUGCAGCUCCUCGAACGCAGGACCGACGACGAGCGAGAGCAGGUGGAGGCACUACAGAGAAUCCAGCUUGUUCGUGCGUUUGAUGCCUACAGAAUGUUGGACGCGUUGCAGGAGUUCCGGAUUGGCGUGACCCAGGAGAUCGCGAGUGUCUCUCGGCCGGUGAAAGUUCUGGUGGUCGACUCCAUCUCCGCCGUCAUCUGUCCUCUGUUGGGAAGCCGCCAGCCUGAUGGCAUGGCCCUGAUGAUGCAUUUAGCUUGGGAGCUGAAAACCAUGGCCAAGGAGUUUGGGAUGGCCGUCGUGCUGACAAACCACGUGACCAGAGACGCCAGCAACGGCCACCUUAAACCGGCGCUGGGACGCUCCUGGAGUUUUGUCCCCAGUACACGAGUGCUGUUGCAGGACAGCAAGGAAUCUUCUGGGAAGGCCAGCUUCUGUCGGAUUGCAUCCUUGAUGAAAAGUCCUCGGCAGCCUGUUGGGAUUCAGGUGGAGCUGGAACUGGGGAACGGGGAACUCACGGAAGGCAGUCCGACGACGUCUGGAGAAGGAACGUAAUGGAAAACGCUUAUGAGCUGAGUUGCCCGUUCAGUAGCGGCUAGCUCUUCUCCAAGCUGCAGAUCCCAGAGGAGAAAGAGAGCGGUUGGAUUUUCAAGAGAAGGGAAAACUAGGACCGUUUCCACAUGGACUCACGUUCCCGAUUAUCCAAGGAGCUACGGGGGACAACUGAAUUAGCUGACGGCGCUCUGUGCAGAUUUAGGAUACAUGCAUCAUUUUGUCAAUAGGCUGAAGCGAUUUCUCCUUUUUUUAAAUUAAUGUUGUUGAUCCAGGGAAUGAGAAACCAAAGGAGCCCCUGCAUUCUUCUUCCUAAUUUUGUUACGAUCAAAAAACGCCGACUGUCCCGGGUCGAAUAGCCGUGCCAAAUGCAGAAGAUUCAAGCAAGGCACAAGGGGAGGCGGUCACUGGGGGAGAAGGAAGCUAAAAUCUUGUCGCU